AUGUUUAAUAUGCCAAAAAAGAUCAAAACAUCAGGUAACACAUCUAAUUUGAACGGCCAUUUAAAAAGCAAACACAAAAAUGCUUUGGCUAUUAUUGCUAAUAAGGAUAAUCUGGAUAAUCCUGAACCUGAGGCAUCGACUUCUAAUCUGGAUAAUCCUGAACCUGAGGCAUCGACUUCUAAGAUCCCUGAUGUACCUAGUACACCUAGUACUAGUGAAAAAACUAAGGACAAUCAUGUAUCAAAUGAAAUGUUUAUGGGCGCAUUUAAGCGGCAAAAAACAAUUGCUGAAUCGUUUGGUGUUAUGACAAGUUUCAAAGAAGGUGGAGUAAAAUCGGAUAAACUUAUUCAUGCAAUAAUAUAUAUGAUUUGUAAGGACAACCAGCCUAUAAGUAUUGUUGAGGAUGAAGGAUUCCAGUACUUAAUGAAAAUAGUAUCGCCAAAUUUUAAAAUACCUAGUCGAAGAUACAUUUCCCGCAAAAUGUAUGAUAAAUAUGAUAUUAUGAAGGAGAUUGUUAUGACAAAAUUCAAAAAUAUUCAACAUUUUACUCUUACAACAGACAUUUGGACUGAUAUUCAAACCAGGAGUUACAUUGGUGUUACUAUUCAUUUUGUUGAAGAAUAUACACUAAAUUCUGCUUUGUUAGGAGUUUAUGAAUUAGAUGCAAGGCAUACAAGUGAAUACAUAGCAACCAAAUUACUUGAAGUGUGUAAAGAAUGGAACAUUUCCAAACAAAAUAUAAUUGCUGUGGUAACUGAUGGAGCAGCUAAUAUGUUGAAAGCGAUUGAUUUAUCAUAUGGAAAAAAAUGCCAUAUAUUAUGUUUUGCGCACACGUUAAAUCUUGUUGCACAGCAUGCUAUUUCAAGUGUCCCUGAACUCACACAAUUAAUUUCAGAUGUAAAAAACAUUGUGAGAUGGUUUAAACAGAGUGUUGUAGCAAGUGUUAAAACACUAAUUAAGCGGGUAGAGGUGACGACACAACACAACAACGUUCGUGAUGAAUUAAGGAAAGCGACCAAAGGUGAGGGAAAAUUACUCCAAGAAGUACCUACAAGAUGGAAUAGUACUUUUUACAUGCUUGAACGUUUCAUUAGUUUAAGCAAUAUAGUUAAUGAUAUUGUGCAUAGACACAUUACAGCUCCACCUAUGAUUUCAGCCAAAGAAAUUAAAGAUAUUUCUGAAAUAAUCGACAUUUUAAGACCAAUAGAAGCAGCUACCAAACAACUUUGUGGCCAAAAAUGUGUGACAACCAGUAUGGUUAUUCCCAUGAUCUACAUGAUGACAAAAAAAAUAAAUCAAUUUGAACCUACACAGCAGAUAGGUGCUCAGCUUAAAGCAGGAAUUUUGAAAAACUGUGAAUACAGAUUUUGUGCAGUGGAGGAUGUUGCUCUUUUAGGCAUGUCAACAAUUUUGGAUCCACGUUUCAAAAAAAUUUAUUUCAAAGAUCCAUUAGCUUUAUCUAACAUGUUAAAAUAUAUUUCUGAUGAGAUAAAGCAAAACAAUUAUGUUGGUGAGAGCUCUUCUGAUGAUGACAUCUUAGACCCUGAUGUGGCAAACCAUUCGAUUUAUGGCAAGAUCACGAACAAAUUGUACAACAAUCUUCUGGUCGCAGAGGACAGCGUCAGCUAA